UGACUCUGGCUGUGUAUUUAAAGCAGCUGCGCUUCUGGUGUCUGCUCUAUAACACAAGACCAACAUUAAACCAUGUUUGUUCCGGCUCUGCUCACCUGUGUUGUGCUGGGAGCAUUCAGUGCUCAAGCUAAAGUGGUCACCAGCUUUAAUGAGUGUAGUGAGUUUUUCUACAAAAACACUGAACCAGUAGGAAUGAAUCCGGCUGCCAAGAAAAUCUGUCAGAAGCUGGAAUUUGGAGGUCCUUAUUAUGUUUCACUGUACUCAGUUGUUCACAGAAUCCCCCUCUACAGCGCCUACACAUUGGACCCUGAAUGCUCAAGCAGUGCUGGAAGGACAAAAAACUGGCACGUCGAGCCGCAGAUUUCCCAACCAGAAUCCCAAACUGAUUAUAUGGUCCAGGAGAAGGACUCUGAUGGAAACAUGACGAAAAGAUAUCAAGCCAUCAGCAGCGACUAUAGAGACACCGGAUAUGAUCGUGGACACCUGAACCCCAACACCUUCCACUGCAAAGAAGGCCAUAAGGCAACGUUCACACUGACCAAUGCUGCACCUAUAGAUGCAGGCUUUAACCGUAUCCACUGGAAAAAUUGGGAGAGCAUGCUGAGAAGUUUCUUAAAGAGCAGGCUUGAGAGUGAUGGUGGUUCUGCAACAGCCUUCAUUGUUACAGGUACAGUACCUGAUGCAAAUCUACAGAUACCGCAAAGGGAAAUCUCUGAAGAGCCCGAAAGGGUGACGGUGCCCUCUCACAUCUGGAUGGCUGUCUGUUAUAAACACCACAGUGAUGACACAAAGUCUUUCUCCUUUGGCUAUAUAGGGGAAAACAAGCCAGAAGGUGGCAUAAGCCUGAUGAGAGUCUCAGACCUGAAUGAUGAGCUCAGCAGACUCUAUAGUGAGCUGUCAAUGACACAUCAGUCAAUUAACAUUUUUGUUGGUGAUUGUUUUGGUGAAAAUGAUAAAUUAAAUGAGGUUCAGGGUAUGUUUGACAAAUUAAUUAAUCUGCCAGUGAACCAAGGAGACCUAAUGGCCACAGAUGUGCAGAACAUGUCUCGUACGAAAAGGGCCAUCGAAAGUUCCCAGCACUCAUACUUCACAGUCAGAGGGUACUCAUGCAGGUAUAAUCACCCAUGUGGCAAAUACGGUGAGGACUACUAUUGGUGCUGGAUUGGUUAUGGUUAUUUUUUCGACAGCUGGGACUACUGCAGCCCUCCACUGUUGGAAAGUAAAGCUAAAAAUGGGGAGUACUGCCAAUCAAACUAUGCCUGUGACAAAUACGGUUCAGGAUAUAGGUGGUGCUACACAUUGACUGGCAAUCAAGACAUGUGCUGUACUUAUGACGGCUGCUUCGCAGCUGUGAAUGACAAGACCUGCUGGUCUGAUCACCCCUGUGGCUACCAUGGCUAUAGUUACCUGUGGUGCUACAUAGAUGAUGAAGCCAACUGGGAUUACUGUUGCAAAGACUGUGGUCAGUAGGAUUACAGUGUUUGUUACAAUUAACACCAAAGUAUUACUUUGCAAGGUUUUGUACUUGGAGCACUUACUAACCUAGAAAAAAAAAAAAUUAUUCCAACGAAUUAUAACAGAAUUAAGACUUUUUGUUGAAUGAUCUAAGGAUUCCCUUAUAGCAACCUGUGUGUGUUGUUUCAACAGAGCAGCCAUACAUUUGUGUUGUGUUUUACUUACUUUUAUAUUCAUUCACUACAUUUUGAUUCAUUUAUCAUGUAAUCAUUUAAUCAUAUUUCAUUUCAGGACUAUUUUAGCCAUUUAUAUGCUCAUUUUAUUGAUUUGUUCAUUGAUUAGUCAUUUAUAUUGUAUUAUUUUACUUUUUAUUUUUCCAUUGUUGUGUAAUCUUAUGAUUUUGUGGUUUCAAGUGAUAUUUGUCUUCAUGAGUAGGAUAUAAAAGAAUAUCUCCAUUUCAAGGUCACAGGACAAUGUUGUGAAGCAGUAAUUUUCCAUUGCUAUUGCUUGUGGUAUAAUAACACUUGUUGGAUUUGUGCUGGUCAGACAAAGUCUGAGUAUUGGAACAUACACAACUAAGAUUAUUCAAUAAACUCUGCUUACACAUGUAA